CUCAUGGGACCAUUAGAAGCUAACUUUACUAUUUUAACUUCUAUUGUAGACCCAAAAAAAAGUUAAAAAUCUCUUUGAAAAAAAUCUCUGUGAUUAUUGGUUUUGUCCUCCUGUCUUCUUUUCCGCUGUUCUCGUUUCUCUCCCAUCCGUAUCCGCUUUUUUUUUCCGCCCUCCUCUGGUUCCUUCUCUUCCGGUUUUCUCGGUGUUCCUUUGUGGUGUGUUGGCCCUUUGGGCCUUGUUUGGGCGCAUUUUGGGUGCGCGCUCGUUGCAAACGGCGGCUUGGCUGGGUUGUGGUUGCCGUUAUACGUGGUACGGCCACGGCGCUCGCGGGUGUCUGGCGGUCUCCGCCUUCGUCAGGCGAUGGGGUGCGGCCCGGACAUAUCGGUGGAUGGUUUCGUCAAGGUAAAGGAGGUAAGGGUUGGGGUUGACACUGGCAUUGGCGGUGGCACUGGCUACAGCCACCGGGG